CUCAAUUUUAAAUCCCAUGAAUUAAAUCGUUGAUGAUUGGUUGAGUGAGAAGAAGUAAGAAGAAUCUAUAAUUUUGAUUGGCAAUGUCGAUAUAGGGUUGGUUUGCGGGUUUUGAAGAAGGCAGUAUAGUAGAAUGCAUUAUGCAUCGAUUAAGGAAUUUGGGAUCAAUCUCAAAUUCAGUUUCCGCUGCUAACCUUAAACGAAAAUCUCUGAAUUCUUGGGCUGCUAUUCAAGACACUUACUUUUCCACUAAGGAUACGUUUGAGAGGCACCGUGUUGUUUUCACCGUUGGAACUUCCAUUGCAUCCGUUGCUACUGCUUUCAUCGGGUAUUCGUUGCGUCAUGUGCAUGAUACCAGAGUUGAUGAAAGGCUUCAAUCCAUUGAACAUGCUAUGAAAAACCAUGUAAAUCUUCAACAUUCUGAAAUCAAAGACAUUGUUGGUCCUCCUGGAGGUUGCAGUAUUCCUGCUUGCGCUGCCACUGCUGGAACAGCCUUACUUAUCGGGUAUGGCUUAGGAUGGAGAGGUGGAAGCUGGUACACAACCAAGAAGUUCAGAAAGGAGCAAAUGAAAAUUCUAGGACAGAUUAAACCUAGAAGAUGGCAAAUGCUUGGGAAGGUGACAACACAAGAUGGAUAUGUUCUCAACAUGCAGAGAAUUCUACCAAGGGGUAGACAUGGAAAUAGCAUACCAGUUCUGCUACAGCAUGGACUAUUCAUGGAUGGUGUGACAUGGUUAUUGCUACCUCCAAGUCAAUCUCUUGCAUUUCUUUUGGCAGAAAAUGGAUUUGAUGUUUGGAUUGCUAACACACGUGGAACCAAAUAUAGUCAUCAACAUACAUCUUUUUCUAGUAACAGCUCGGAUUAUUGGAAUUGGUCAUGGGAUGAAUUAGUAGCAUAUGAUCUUCCAGCAACAUUUCAAUAUGUGCAUGAUCAAACUGGACAAAAACUACACUAUGUUGGUCACUCACAGGGAACAUUGGUUGCAUUGGCUGCUUUUUCCAAAGAUCAAUUACUUGACAAGUUGAGAUCAGCAGCCUUGCUUUGUCCAAUUGCCUAUGUUGGUCAGAUGACUUCACCACUUGCUAAAAAUGCUGCUGAAAAUUUCAUUGCAGAGUCACUAUACAAAUUGGGAAUUUUUGAAUUUAGUCUGAGAGAGGGGUCUGUUGUAAAGUUUCUUAAGGACAUGUGCAAGACCACUUCCAUUGACUGCAGCAACUUGUUAACUUCUUUCACAGGCCCGAAUUGCUGUGUAAACCCUUCGAUAAUAAGUACUUUUCUAGAUCAUGAGCCUCAGUCAACAGCAACAAAGAACAUGAUUCAUCUAUCUCAGAUGAUAAGAGAAGGAACAAUAGCAAUGUUUGAUUAUGAGAACAGAGAUGAGAACAUAAGACACUAUGGACAAUCCACACCUCCAAUAUAUGACAUGACAAGACUUCCAAAUGAUCUUCCUCUCUUCAUUAGUUAUGGAGGUGCUGAUGCACUUUCUGAUGUAAAAGAUGUUCAACUUCUAUUAGAAAGUCUCAAAGAUCAUGAUGGAGAUAAGCUUGUAGUUCAGUAUAGAAAUGAUUAUGCACAUGCUGAUUAUGUUAUGGGUGAAAAUGCUAGGAAAGAUGUGUAUGAACCUCUUAUAUCUUUCUUUAAGCUUCAAUCAUAAAGAAUGAUAAUACACCUUAUAGAAUUUUUUAAAUUUAUUUUGUUUCCAUGUCAAAGAAAUUAAUAGUAAAGAAAUUUCAAAA